AUGGAGCCUCCGAACAAACGCCAGAAGAAGGUGCUUUUUGAGGAUAGUGGUUCAGAAGACGAGGGCGCUGGAGUCGCAAUUGGAGAUGACUUCAAGCUCAAUGUCAACAAGGAAUAUGCAAGGAGGUUUGAAUAUAAUAAGAAGAGGGAGGAAAUGGUACAGCUUGAAAACAAGUUGGGCAAACGACCGCUUCCCAAAGGCAAGCCUUCUGCAGACGAAGGAGAAGACGAAGAGGAGUCUGGUUCUGAGGACUCUGAGGAAGAGGAUGAUGUUGCUGAGCUUGUAACUGAGGCUUUGGACGAGGAGAUUGCGGCUACACUGCAAGCUAUUCGAUCUAAAGAUCCAAAAGUCUAUGAUCCCAAUGCGAAGUUUUAUACUGUCCUGGACGAUACAGAGAAUGCAGAGGGUGAAAAACCCGAGUCAGUAAAGGGAGAAAAACCAAUGUUCCUUAAGGAUUAUCAUCGUCGAAAUCUACUGAGUGGUCCGGACGUGGACGACGAUGACGAAGAUGCGCCGAAAACGUAUGCUCAAGAACAGGAAGACUUAAAACGGUCGAUUCUCAAGGAGAUGCAUUCUACAGCAGAGGACGGGGAGCAGGACGAUGAAGAGGAAGAUGAAGGGUUUUUGGUUCGCAAAGAGAAAGCGCCGGUGCCCAAGUCAGACCGGCCUACAAUAACGGAGAAGGAUGUUGCUGAGGCAGACCAAGAUCCGGAAACGUUCCUAUCGAACUUCAUGGCUUCUCGAGCCUGGGUACCAACCCAAAAAUCCAGCUUCCAACCCCUCGAAUCCGACGACGAAGAGGAAGAUAAGAAAGCCGAACAGUUUGAAGAAGCGUAUAACCUACGGUUUGAGGAUCCCAACAAACUCAAUGAAGUUAUACGUACCCACGCCCGUGACACUACGUCCAAAUAUUCCGUUAGGAGGGAGGAGGUCAGUGGCCGAAAGCGCCAACGGGAACUAGAGCGCCAGAGAAAAGAAGAAGAGAAGAAACAGCGUGAAGAAGAGCGAGCAAGACUGCGAAAGUUGAAGAUUGAAGAGCUCGAGGAUAAGCUUGCCAAGAUUAAGAAGGCGGCUGGCGUGAAGAGCAGCGAUUUUGCAGAUGAGGACUGGAGCAGGUUCUUGGAUGAGGGAUGGGAUGAUGAGAAGUGGGAGAAGGAGAUGAAGCAGCGGUUUGGAGAGGAAUACUAUGCUGCCGGCGAGGAGGAGGACGAGAGUGAUGAUGGUGCAGGUCCCAAGAAGCGCAGGCUAAAGAAGCCAAAAUGGGACGAUGAUAUUGACAUUGGCGACCUGGUGCCUGACUUUGAUGAGGAGUUAGAUGUAGACAUGGAAGCCGAAGAAGAGGAAGAGGAAGACGACCAUGACGGGGCAAAAAAGUCGAAGAAGCAGAUGCUGAAGGAUAAGAAGGAGAAGCAAAAGGAGGCUAAGCGAGAACGGCGAAAGAUCGAGGCUCUUGCCGACAAGUCUCUUGAGCUCGAACCGUCUCUCCUACCCGGCUCCUCAAAGAAGUUCGGAGGCGCAUUCCGCUACCGAGAGUCGUCUCCUGUCUCCUAUGGCCUGACUGCGCGGGACAUUCUCAUGGCAGACGACUCCCAACUGAACCAGUAUGCCGGCCUGAAGAAACUAGCUUCCUUCCGCGACGCAGAGAAGAAGAAGCGUGACCAUAAACGACUGGGGAAGAAGGCCAGGUUGAGAGAAUGGCGCAAGCAGACCUUUGGAACGGAAGAACCGCCUGAAUUGACAGCUGAACCUGUCCCUACUCCAGAAGCAGAUGGAGAGACAAAGGUAGACAUCCGAGAAGGUAGCAGCAAGCGUCGCAAACGGUCAAGGAAACAUUGA